AUGCUGGAGACCUACAGCAACCUCAGUGCUAUAGGAAUUAAUUGGGAGGACCAAAAUUUUGAUGAACAUUGUCAAAGAUCUAGAAGACUCAGAAGGCAUGAAAGAAGUCAGAGUACAGAGAAACCCUCUGAAUGUAUACAAUGUGGUAAAGCCUUCUCUUUACAUGCUCCCAGUCAUGCUCAAAGACAUGAAAGUUUUCAUAUAGAAAAGACACCUUAUGAAGUUAUUCAGUGUGUCAAAGCCUUUGCACCUUACACAAGUAGCCAGAUAAGUAAAAGCACAGAAAUUGGACAGAAACCCUAUGAAUGUAAUCAACAUGGUAAAGGAUUUGCAAAACACAGUCAUCUUAAACGUCAUAAAAGUAUUCAUAGUGGAGAGAAACCCUUCAAAUAUAAUGAAUGUGAUGAAGCCUUCUUACAUCCCUUGAAUCUUCACAUGAAUGAAAGGAUUCAUACUGGAGAGAAACCCUACAAAUGUAAUGACUGUGAUAAAGCCUUUUCCCAACAUAUUAGUCUCCAAAUUCAUAAAAGAAUUCAUACAGGAGAGAAAACCUACAAAUAG